AUGUACGACUGGAAUGGCAAGACAUUACAACAAUUGUUGGAGAUGCCGGUGAAACCAUCUGUUUUAAUAACACGUGACGGUAUGCUCGAAUACAGAGGAUACAAUCAAAUGAGCGUAGAUUUAGGCUUUCACACCACCCUGAGUAAAAAUGACACCGCUAUUGCCGAAUUUAUUGAAAAAAUAGAUCGAGAAUUCGACUUUGUCAUGAUCACAGAGUACAUGGAGGAAUCGCUAGUUCUAUUGGCUAAUUUGAUGGGAUGGCCGCUCGAAUAUGUGGCUCAUUUGGAUCUAAACGUCAGACCUCCGGAAUCAGAUUCUUACACGUUGACGGAACGAGAUAAGAAUAUCAUAAUGGAUCUCAAUCACGUUGAUACUCUAUUAUACUUCCAUUUUUUGAACAAAUUCCAAAAAUGCCUACGUCAAUACGAUGAAGAUAAAAUGAAACAUCAAAUUCGCCAACUCCGUGCACUCAACGAAGAACUAAAGGAGAGAUGUGUAAAUGAAACAUUUAUAGGUGAUUUGAACACGUAUAAUCCUAAGAAAAUAAUCAAGUAUAUUCCUAAAAGUCAAUCCGACCGGGAAUGCGUUUAUUCAAUGACAGUAGACCUUGGCUUGAAUACCUCUCCAGGAGUAUAG